AUGGUUACUUGCCAUAGUGAUGGAAUCGCAUUCACCAGAUGUCAACCUCCCGAUAGGAAGCGCUCAGAAAGCAUUGAUUUGCUUCAAGCGGAUAAACAAGAGCAACAACAUGAAACUCAAGUUGAAAAUUUGUUCUUAACAAUUAUACAAGCUAAAUCAAGGAAUGAAUUAAUUGAAAUAAUCCAGCCAACGUUUCAACAACAACACCAGCAACAAUUCCUGCAAAAAAAACUUGAAGAAGCAAAGCUGCAACAGCCUAAUAAACUGCUGCCAGAACAUCAUAUUCCGAUUUUUUCAUCAAAUGUUGAUGCCAUGCAGAAUGAUAAACAGCAUAAACAUAACUUUGGGCAAACUGGAACCACAAUAGAUUUCGGUGAAAAACAAAUGAAUGAAGAUAGUCUAACAGAAAUAAAUUCAGCAUUAUCUUGUUUGAGAUACACUAUCGAUGAAGAAAAAAAACAAAAAGAUGCUUCCCCUAAACAUUCAGAAGUUGAAGAAAGAUUACCCGAAAAUACCGAUGAAGUAAAAAGUAGUGAAGAGAAUCUUAUUGAACUUACCAUUGUUGAAGGUCGACAUAAAGUGACAAUCGAACAGAAGUCAUCAUCCAAUCCAUUCUUAAUUAAUUCUUUGAACAAUGAAAACGAAGAAAACAAAGAUCAGACAAACUGCCAUCCUAGAGAUCUUUUUGAACAAAAGCAAGUUGAAAAUGAGAGCAAAAAAGAUUUUGAUGUUGAUGUUGAUAUUGAAAAAGAUAACCAAACAGUCAUUCAACAAAACUUGAACCAAGUUAACAAAGAAAAUUGUAGUCAACAUCAAUAUGACAUCCCUCAAAAUACAAUGAAUAGUUCGACAAAGCAACUGAUAAACGCUUUUGAUUGUAUUACUACAAAAAGAAAGGGUGAUGCAAUUUGUGGGCAUCAUCAAAACGAAGAUGAUCAAAGUAUUUAUCCGCCAAAUAAUCAUAAUCCAGUCGAUCGGCAGAAUUUAUUAAAACAGCAAAAUCAGUUGCAACAAUGUGAAUCAGAACCGCAAGUUAUAAUGCCACUGUUAGAUGAAACGCAUGAUAAACAAUCAGACGAUGAAAUUAUCUCAAAAUCUGAAGAAAAUAUGAAACAAUCUUCGGAACCGGUUGUAAUUAAGAAACAGUUGGAUGAAGGACAACGGUCAACUGUUACGUCGCAAUUGCUAGACAAUGAGACUGUUGAAAUCAGGACAUUGGGUUCACACAAAAGUUCUGAUAAUAUUGAAAACUUCAAUGAAAUUUCAGACAUUAAAUCGUUUGCCUGUAAUCAAGAAACUAACAUUUUAGAAAUGAAACUAGAUUGUAGUGGUUCUACAUCUAUAAAACUUGAAGACGUUGAAGUAAGGGAGAGUGUUGAAGAGGUCAUGAAGGAAGAACCUCCUCCAACGUCUCUGACAUCAUCAUCUUCACUUUCCACACCAUCAUCUGUCGACAGUCUCGUUUCAAAAGCUGCCUCAAAAGAUAUUCAUAGGAGUGCCAGAAAACAGCCAGAAGUUAAAUCUUUUGUUGAAGCUGCAUCCCAUAGGAAUCAACAAACGAACAGCUCACGUGAAUACGAAUACAUGCUAAGCGACGCAUCACAAGCGAAGCAUGUGUUAGGCGGGGAGGUUUUUGUUAUAUUCGUACCCGGUCACUGCACGCACUGCGAAGCUGCACCAGGCGACCUUAACCACUAG